UUUCAUCAAUGCUCGGUACGUCAGUCCGCCAGAAGCAGUUUGGCGACUGUUUUCGUACGAGUUGCAUAAGCCGAGUCACAGGGUGAUCAGGCUUCCAGUCCAUCUGGAAGACUACCACACGGUGUACUUCGCUCCGGGACAAGAACUGGAGCGGGUGCAAAACGCAGCGCUGGCCCGAACAAGACUCACGGCGUUCUUCUCGCUCAACGAGACGGACCCCGAGGCCAGACAGUAUCUCUACCAUGAGAUACCGAUGCAUUACACCUGGGCGGAAAGAGACAGGAGGUGGAAUCGGCGCCGAAGGGUAAUGCCCAACGAGACGUUGUCUCGGAUGUACGCGGUCAACCCCCUAGAUCGAGAGCGAUUCCUCUUGCGACUGCUGCUGCUACACAGGAGAGGUCCUCAGUCGUUCAGAGACAUGAGGACCGUCGACGGGAUCGUGUAUCCGACCUACGCGGCGGCGGCGGUGGCGCUUGGACUCCUGGAGGAUGACCAAGCCCUGCUGGCGUGCAUGACAGAGUCCGCGGCCGUGGACACUCCCGCACAGCUGC